AUGCAUAGAGCAAUUCAAAGACAGCAAUUAGGUGCGUCAAAGCACUUAUUAUGUCGAUAUAUUUCUGUCAAGAGAAGUCCCCCCAGGUCAUUGCUGCAGCGCCAAGCAAAAAGACGUGGAGAUAUAGACCCAUCAGCGUCAUCCCAGCUCGUAGUUACAUCGCUGAAAGACAUUUUCUCAAUAUUCCAACCCGCAAGUCAAACGCAAGAAGAUGAUGAGAUGGAAUCUUCCUUACAUACGGAAAAGGUUAUUCAACGAAUUGAGACCGGAGAACUGAGGAGGUUGUAUUUGCAGAAAUUCUCGGCCCGCCAGGUUUCAGAGUCGGAUGGAUCUCCCGAUCUACUCGAUAAUUUGAGCAUUCCGGGGCCUAGUUUAAUACAAAAUUUCCCCAGACUUUCUCAGGAGGACCGGGAGUUGAUUGACGUGGCAGUAAAUUCGAUACCUCCAUCUAUUGAUUGGCGACAAAUUCCUCUGAUACAAAAGCAAGUGUUAUUCUAUAUUGGUUAUGGUUCAUAUGGCCCGAGAGAGAGUGUGGUUUUCAUGGGCUCCAAACCUCAGGAUUUCACUUGGCGCCAUCCUGCUAAAUCCUUGGGCCCUGGCCAAAAGGCGCACAAGCUUCCAAAAGAACAAAUAAUAAACGUUUGGACUUGUACACCGGAAAGAAGAACACAUUUUGAUAGCAUGAAAAAAGGUUUGGAUCCGGGUACUCGCGCGAUUGCAUUAAUUGGAAUUAUGGUAGCUAUCUGGGCUACUUUCAGAGAAUAUCAGCAACGGUCCAAAGAUGAAAAUAUGACCCAAGUGGCUCAAUUUGUUGAUCGAGAAGUGGCUGAUUUACCAGACGUCGCUACAGGACCAAGGCCCUUAGAAGACCAAGUUUCUAAAGCUGUAGAAAAAUCCUCGCGUAGAAAGUGGUAUCAGCUUUGGAGGUAA